GUAAGGUCGUCAAGGUCGGUUCCAAAGUCACCAACCACAAGCUCGGCGACCGUGUCGGUGUCGGCGCGCAGUCCAAAUCGUGUUUGGACUGUGAUCGUUGUAACAGUGGUAACGAACUGUACUGUAAGAAGAUGGUCUUUACCUACGGUGGCAAAUACGAAGACGGUUACAUCUCUCAGGGUGGUUACGCCUCGCACAUCAGAGUGCACGAGCACUUUGUUUUCCCAAUCCCAAAAGGCAUCAAGUCUGAACAUGCUGCUCCGUUGAUGUGCGGUGGUUUGACCGUUUACUCUCCGUUGAAGAGAUUCUUAGACCAAGCCCGUGCCACCAACGCUAACAAGGACGUCACUGUUGGUAUCAUUGGGAUUGGUGGAUUGGGUUCUAUGGCCUUGCAGCUCGCCAAGGCUAUGGGCUAUACCAAGGUCUACGCCAUCUCCCGUGGUACCUCCAAGAAGGAAGACGCUUUGAAGUUGGGUGCCGAUGGCUUCAUUGCCACCACUGAAAAGGACUGGGCCGAGUCCCACCAACACACCUUUGAUUUAAUCUUGAACUGUGCCUCUUCGAUCUCCAACUUGAACAUGAACUCUUUCCUCUCAGUUAUGAAGUUUGGAGGUAACUUCACCUCGGUCGGUAUGGGUCCAUCUGACGAAUCCUUCAAUAUUUCUCCGGCCUAUCUCUACAGAAACCGCUCCACUAUAAGCUCGUCCGCUUUGGGUUCCCGUACCGAAUGCAUCGAGAUGUUGGAGUUGGCUGCGAGCAAGGGGGUUACUCCAUGGAUCGAGGAAGUGCCUAUCUCCGAAGCUGGUGUCAGCGAAAUUUUGACUAAGUGUGACAAUGGUGAUGCCAGAUACAGAUACUGUUUGACCGACUUCCAUAAGGCUUUCCAGACCGGUAAGAACUAGAUGUCCAUAGGCUUAUUGACUAAUAUAAGUUGAAAAAGGCUGUAGUAGCCAGGGACUUGCUCGAGGGCUGGUGAAAACGACAUUAGGUUUUUCCCGUGGAUUGUUUGACAGCGGAGGAAGACUGAAACAGACGAGAUACUAGCAGGGUUAAAUGGUCUAGUGGCGCUACCUCAGAAACUGAGGGAUUGAAGUUGCCGAUUUUGCGGUGUUCCAAAAGGCGAUAGCUGUCAUUUGUCGCUUUAAGAUAAUUUUAACGCAUUUCAGAGUCGAAUCGGGGUGUUUUCCGAAUCCAUCAUGUUGUAGCUCUCCCGUUGGAUAAGGGCAAUGAGGGAAAUAAUAUUCCAUAUCUGCCAAAGGUUUUACAAACGUACUGACCUCAAAAAGGCAAAAAGAUAACGACAACGGCAGGACUCGAACCUGCGCGGGCAGAGCCCAAAAGAUUUCUAAUCUUUCGCCUUAACCGCUCGGCCACGUUGCC